CAGCCUCGGUGUGGACAAAUUCAACAUCUGCUCCACCUGCCACAAAGUGAUCCGUGACAACGGAGCUUGAGGAACGACUCCAGAUCGGCCAUUCACAGGUCUUCACUUCAGCAGAUAUUAUUGAUAUUAUAAUUUUUUAGAAAUCUAAAUAACAGUUUAUGUGAAGAACUUUGUGCUGUAAAAGAUGUGAGGAGUUUGGGUGCUUUUGUUGUUCCAUUUUUUUAAAUAAAGAGGAAGUGCAAGAAGAAAAAAAUGGAGGAGCACGAAACUGUCAACUUCUUGAGACUCUUAUCAGAGGAAAGUACUCAGUCCACUCUGUCCUCGGACUCCUGUGAGUACUAUCAGACGGAGAUAUUUGACCAGCUUCCCAGCGUCCAGGCCUCGCGGCCCGAACAGAGCAGACAUGGUCCUUGGGAAGCCUGUGAGGCCCACCAUGGUGGUCCAGCGUCUGGGGAGAGGAUCAGCCAGGGCCACCCGUCCAGAGGACCAAGAGACAAGACGUCUGAGGAGCCACUCAGAAACUUGGCCAUGUGUAUUCAAGGGAAGAGAAGUGCCAGGGAAAGGAGGAAGAUGCAGAUCAGUAAUAUUGGUUUUUGGGAGUCCUGGAGGAGGAGCCAGAUUAUCAGCAGGAGGAGGGUUUGGGCACAGAUGGGAGAAGCUCUGUCCAGCCUGUUGCCAUGGCGGCACACACUUCACAUCAUUGAAGGCAGGUUUGGAGUUGGCGUGAAGUCCUACUUUGUCUUCCUUCGAUAUCUGGUUCACCUAAACCUGCUACACUGUGCUCUUAUCUGGGGAUUCAUUCUGGGACCUACAACAUUUUAUGGCAGAGGCCACAACAGCGAACCAUUGAGGUUCGGAGGCAAUGACUCUGUUUUAGAUUUCUUCCUGGGAUCGGGCUACCUGGAUCGGUCUCCGGUCUUCUAUGGUUUUUAUACUCGUGGUUCCCUGGAUUUGCUGUGCUUGAACACACCUCUGCUGUACCUUGCUGGAAUCCUCACCAUCCUCCUCCUCAGUCUCAUUAUGGUGGUUCGCAGAACCACAGUUGGCUACAAGCACACGUGGAUGCUGGGGAAGCGCUACAGCAUGAAUGUGAGCUAUAAGAUCUUCUGUGGCUGGGACUUUACCAUCCAGGAUCCUGCUGCUGCUGCUCUCAAACACAGCUUCAUCAGAAAUGACCUCAAGCUGUUCCUGGAGGAGCAGAGUUUCUCAUUGCGGGCGGCUCAGAGGACACUAGGUCACAAGAUCCGUCUUCACCUGCUCAGGUUCAUCCUCAACCUGCUUGUCUUGUCACUGCUGGGUGGAGCCUUUUAUCUCAUCUACUUCUCCACAAAAACAUCUCAAAAUGAGAGUGAACACUACUGGUUGGUCAGUCUGGUCCUCCAGUAUCUUCCUCCCAUCACCAUCACCUUCGUCAACCUCGUGCUCCCUCACAUCUUCCGUAAGAUCUCGUCUUUUGAAGAUUACUCUUUCACCACGCAGGUGAACACCACACUUGUGAGGAGCAUCUUCCUGAAGCUGGCCUCCCUCGGGAUCUACUUAUUCUUCGUGUUCACAACAACAGAACAACAGCAACAUCUUUUUCAGUGCAGUGAGAACAAGUUUGGCAGAGAGAUGUACAAGCUUUGCAUCUUCAACUUCCUCGCCACUUUCUGCGCCACCUUUCUUUUGAACUACCCCAGGAAGCUGCUGCAGGAGAAGUAUCCCACAUCCCUGCUGGCCCGGUUGUUGGGGAAACAACACUUUCUGAUCCCCUUCAAUGUUCUGGAUCUGGUGUACAGUCAGACUGUGUGCUGGGUGGGAGUCUACUACUGCCCUCUGCUGCCUCUGAUAGCAACCGUCACACUGGGGGCCACAUUUUAUGUCAAAAAGUUCAGUGUCCUGCGCUGCUGUGUGGCAGAGCAGCGGAUGUUUCGAGCUUCCACCUCCUCAGUUUUGUUCCACUUCAUGCUGCUGCUUGGUCUCCUCAUGGCUGCAGCCACACUGGGAUUCAACCUUUACCUUUACCCUUACUGGUCCUCCUGUGGUCCGUUUGGAAAUGGACAAACUGUGUUUAAUGUGACAGAAGAUUGUGUCGAUAAACUCCCUAGCGCAGCAGAGACCACCAUCCGCUAUCUGGCCUCUGAGGCCUUCGCUCUGCCGCUCAUACUGGCUGAGAUCAUAAUCUUCACCUCGUAUGUGUCACGGAGACGAGCCAAUCAGAAGGCCAUUGAGAGACUGAAAGACAUGCUGGUUAUGAGCAGCUCAGAUAAGCGUUUCCUGGUGAAGCAGCACACCACAAUGCUGAGACGUAGAAAGAUCACCAACAGAGUUCAUUCUGCAGAGGACGCCCCUCUCAGUCAUUAGAAAGAUCCUCCUCCAUGCAUUUAAACUGGUUAACGUGUCCACAGACUUCCACUUAGCGGCAGCAGGAGACCUGAGGUGAAAAUUAAGAGUCAAAGGACUGUUGAACUCAAACUUUUCCAGUUAUGUGAAAUACAAAGAUAACAAAUACAACUGUGAACCUUUCCUGCAAAGGUCACAUAAGUCUUCAUGUAAACUACACAGAAAGUUUGUUUUUGUGUUCAUUUUAUGUCCUUUUGAGUGUGUUCACCUUGAUUUUUACAGUUUAGAGACAUUGUAUGAGAUGAAUGUAUGCAAGUGAACACAAUCAUUUUAUAUACAGACAUAAUAAUCUCAAUAUUGUUUCAAAAUGUCACUUCAGCUGACAGUGAAUGUUUUUCAAAUGUGAUGUUCAAUGGAACCUUUUCAUUUUUUACAUGUUCUUACUCUUCAUUGUAUUUGGCAUCACACUGAUACUUAGAGUGAGGAAAAACAUGCAGCCUAAAUGUUAUCUGCGUGCAACAUACAGUCCCCUCUAAAAGUAUUCUAAAAGUAACAGUAAGGCCAAUUCCUUUAUUUUUGCUGUAGACUGAAAACAUUUGGAUUCAUCAAACGAUGAAUAUGAGACAAGAGAUUAAUUUUUCAUUUUUUAUUUCUAGGUAUUUCCAUCUGGAUCUGAUACACAACUUGGAAGAUAGCAUUAUUUGCAACCGAACACCAAAGUCUUAGGUGAGGAACAGAUAGACUUAAAAUAGAUUAAAGUGAAUAAUAUUUAAUUGCAAAUCCUUCGCUUGCAAUAACUCUAUCGCGUCUGUGAUCUAUUGACAUCACCAAACUUUUGCAUUCUUCUUUUGUGAUGCUUUUCCAGGCUUUCACCACAGCCUCUUUCAGUUGUUUGUUUUUGGGGAUUACUUCCUUCAGUCUCUUCUUUAGCAGGUAAAAUGCAGCUCUAUAGGGUUUAAGUCUGGAGAUUGACUUGGCCAGUCUAAAAUCUUUAACUUCUGGUCCCUGAUGAACUCCUUUAUUAUUUUGGCACUGUGUUUUGUCCCUGUAAUCUGUAUAUUAUGUCUAUAUCCAUUCAUAUAUGUCUCUAUGUCUAUUGGCAUAGUAUGCUCAUUGCACCUCCAAUUGUAUAUUACAAUCUGUAAAUAUGUGCAUAGCAUCUCAAUAUUCGGUGCAUUAUGUCAACAACAAACCAUUCGUAUUUCAUGGUUAUAAUAUAUCAAGUCUCAUUCAUCUGUUUAUCUCUGUACAUUUUGUAAAUCUUGCACUUGCUGCUUAUUGCACUUCUGGUUAGAUGCCAAACUGCAUUUCAUUACCUGUACUUGUACAUGUGUAAUGACAAUAAAGUUGAAUAAUCUAAA